AUGGUCUCCAAUUUGCGCCGGCUGGCGGCAGACCAUGCCGCCCUGUACAGCUCCAAGCUGCCACCAUACUAUCUGCUGCCGCAAGAUGACAGUCGCUUCAGCGCUGAUGACUUGUCCCAGCUGACGGUCAUGCUCACUGGCCCUCCAGGGACUCCCUAUGAGAUGGGAUUAUGGAGAUUGCAACUAAGGAUCCCGGAAGACUAUCCGAAUAGUCCACCUAAAGCGACCUUUCGCACGAGGAUUUGGCAUCCUAAUGUGGAGGAACAAACUGGGGCAGUAUGCGUAGACACAUUAAAGCGGGACUGGCAGUCAAGAUUGACCUUGCGAGAUGUGUUGAUUACUAUUUCUUGUCUCUUGAUCAACCCCAACCCUGAUUCCGCCCUCAACUCCUCCGCCGGCAAUCUUCUUCGUGAUGAUUACGAUGAGUUUGCUCACCAGGCGAAGUUGAUGACCUCUAUCCAUGCUCCGAUCACCUCCGAUUUACAAGACGCCGUUAGAGAAGCCAAGCACCGUGGUGAAGAUACAAUCCCAAUGCCCAAACACAGAGAUCAAGGCUCGAUCUCCCAGCGUCCCCGCAAGCAGCAGCGCCUUCAGUCUACUGCUCAACCCUCUGUCCGCCCCCGAAGCCGCAUUCCAACGCCAUCCGGACAUCUCCCUCAACUCCCUCGCUCGCCUCCACCGGCACCAGCCAUGCCAGUAAACGAAGACAUCAUGACUGACAGCGAGAACGAGGACCCAGCAAGUGCAAGUAAAGAAAACAACCCGUCGCUAUCUCCCUCUCCCGUGAACCUAGCCCCGCCAACCGUCAGCCCUCGGAAAAAUGCUUUCGGCAAGCGACCCCUCUCUGUUCUUUCCGUCGCCUAUCCAGAAGAUCCAGACACAGAUAUGAUGCUGGUGGACUCCGAUUCGGAUGGGGCGAACGACAGUCCUACAGAAAUUAACCCUAAUGCCGCCAAUAUAAUCGCCAACAUCCCCCUCCAAACCCCUUCGCCAGCUCCUACUCUUCUCGCUCCCACACACCGGUCUCUCCGCACCGUGCCAAAACACCGCGUCUCGCUCCCCCACGCCUCCGCGAAGACGUUCUCAUUUAUGAGGAUGUCCCGGACCGCACGCUGA